UGUAUGUGCACCAGCAUCGGAACCACAAAGAAUAUUCCCAUUGAAUAAAAGAGUUUUCUGCUUACAGUCCAUCGUGAUUCGUUGCAGGAGAAGCCGCUGACAUAACCUCUGUCACCGGGAAAAAGAAAUGUGCUCGUGCUUGUUUGCAUUUUUGGUCCGGGAAUUAUUAAAAUAAAUGAGUUCUAUCGGCAAAAUUCCAAGAUCCAGGAAUAGGGCAAGACGUGGUGGAGGAAGUGACUCUGGUGGAUCAAAGUUUAGGAAGUUUACGGGCGGAGGAGGGCCAGGAGAUGGAGGCGGUGGAAGAGGAAGGUCUUUUGAUAAUUAUGCAAGGAGUUGGGAUUAUGAUCCUAGAAGACGAGGACACGACCGGCAAGAUCGACCCGAUGAUUCUGCAAUGAGAUCUCCGUCUUGGCAUAUGCCGUAUCAUCCGGACGCUGACGAAAGGCCAAAGAGUACUGGGAGUGCUGGGAGAACGGAAGAUAUGGACUCCAACCAAAGGACACCUUCCAGACGUGACAGGCCAAUUAAUGAAGAUCGAAGUGCUGACCGAAGUAGAAGUGAAUCGGACAGGAGGAGUUUGAGAAAUGAAGAAAUUUGGGAGCAUCAGCACAAUUUGGAUAAUCCCAAUGAGUCAUUUAGUAACCAGGCACCUAAGGAACUAAAACCAAUUCCUGAAUUUCAACACAUGGGGAAGCAUUCUCCAGAGAAAAUGGUGGUUUAUCCUCUUCAGUCUAAUCAUCAAUAUUUUCCGGAAGUACAGGAAGAUGUUGUUGAUUUGAAAGUAAUGGUAGUUAUUGAUGAAGGCAAUCCAAGUCGUCAGUUGGAUGAGCAACAAGCUACAAUGGUUCAGGGAAGAUUAACCAGGAAGCUCCUCAAAGCAGUCAAAGAAGGAACUUCUGUGCAAUUUGAGACGCAGGAGUACGAUGGGAAAUUCCUGAGGUUCACCUGUGCCAAUUCAGAGACCACAGAAUGGUUAACAACGGCAGUUGCUGGUAUCAAAAAAUUGUGGGAAGGAGCAUUAUUGGCUGUUGUGAAUGAGAAAGAUCUUCCAUCAUUUUCCCGGGUCACAACAUUCAUUCCCAAUUUGGAUGCUACCCAGGAAACCUGCCAAAAUGCCCUGGCUGUACAAAAUCCCAAAUUAAACAUCCACAAAUGGGUUCUAUUGGAAUUCAGGAAGAAUAAAGAGUCUAAAGGAUUUGACGUGGUAUUUGGCGUACCUGAAGAUCUCAUCCCCAAAAUACAAUCGGUCAAAGGAAAGGCGUACUACAUGUUCUCUAAAAUAAUUCUCAACGUUGCUAGUGACACGGAGAAAAGUUAAAUAUUUAAGACACUAAUUUUAAGUCACUCUGGAUGCAAAGUAAUUGUGCAGGCAUUUAAUUCUACGAUGUAUGAAAUAAAGAAAAAUAAAA